AUGGAUACCAGAAUUAAAAUAGACCUUGAUAAGGAGAUAUACGAGAGUGGAUCUGAGAUAAAAGGUGCUAUUGAUAUAAAGAUGAGAUGUCCCCUUUGCAUAACCAAGAUAAAUCUGAUUCUGUCUAAGGCGAUGAAGAUGAAAAUACAAGAGAUCGAUCGAAAAGAAGGAUCUGGAGAAAAAUUCGAGAAAAUAUAUGAUGGAUAUAGAUAUGAGUUCGAGGUUUAUUCAAAUGACGAUCCUUUGGGGGAAAUAUCCAGUGGGCACCACAAAUUUCCAUUCCGAUUCUUACUCAGAAAAGAGGACGAAGGAUCUUCGGAAAUAAAAGGCGUUUAUUUUGACGUCUUAUGCCAUAUAAAAAGCAUAUACGACCUAUACGCAGAAAUCUAUGUCCUUGGAAUUCAUAAUCCUGUUUACACCGUCAGAAAAGAGAUACAGGUGGUGGAUUCCAUCACCGAGCCCCGAGAUUUUCAUACAACUAUCGAUGUGAUAUCACCAAUCUGUCUUUUGAGAAAAAGGUACAACAUUCAUUUUGAGGUCAAUAAGCAGUUCUACUAUUCGGGAGAUUAUCUAACCAUUGAAGCAACCAUACCAUCCAAGAACCCUAAGAUCAAGAGCAUGGAGUGCUUUGCGUAUGAGAUACUCAAUGUAUCUGUGGAAGGAAGGGAAAUUUUAAGGACAAAGUAUAUUGGUGGGGGACAGGCAGAGCAUCAUGCUGGAGGCAGAGUGCUUAGAGCAACGCUGAAGAUACCUUCAACGACACCGUCCACUGUUACAGGAAGUGAAUUCAGUAUUAGGGUGGUUUUGUUUGUAAAUCUCGAGCUGUACAGAGGAACGCCUGUCAGGGUCAAGAAAUAUAUUCCUGUCAUCAAAAAAAAUAUAGUUUAUCCAGAGAUUGAUUGCAUGGAUGUUCUUGAGGGAGAGGUAUAUCCGGAAAGAAUACUUGCAUUGCCAUAG